UGCAGGUCACGUGUGUGAGGAUGGCGGAGCAGGAGCCAACGGCAGAGCAGCUGGCCCAGAUUGCAGCCGAGAAUGAGGAGGAUGAACACUCUGUCAACUAUAAGCCACCUGCCCAGAAGAGCAUCCAGGAGAUCCAGGAGCUGGACAAGGAUGAUGAGAGCCUGCGCAAGUACAAAGAGGCACUGCUGGGCGCCGUCACCGUGAGUGCAGAUCCCAAUGCUCCAAAUGUGGUGGUGACCAAACUGACCUUGGUCUGCACUACUGCUCCAGGCCCCCUGGAACUGGACCUGACAGGUGAUCUGGAAAGCUACAAGAAGCAAGCAUUUGUGCUGAAGGAGGGCGUGGAAUACCGGAUAAAAAUCUCCUUUAGGGUAAACAGGGAAAUUGUGUCAGGAUUGAAGUACAUCCAGCACACGUUCCGGAAAGGCGUGAAAAUUGACAAGACCGAAUACAUGGUUGGGAGCUAUGGCCCCCGAGCAGAGGAGUACGAGUUUCUGACCCCCAUGGAAGAGGCCCCAAAGGGCAUGCUGGCCCGGGGCAGCUACAACAUCAAAUCCAAGUUCACAGAUGAUGAUAAGACUGACCACCUGUCCUGGGAGUGGAACCUGACUAUCAAGAAGGAUUGGAAGGACUAGCCCUUCCUGAGGCCAAACCCCAGAGAGCCGUGAAUCAGACAGUGGCUACCGUAGAAUUCCCCCCCUGUACCAAAGUGCUGACAUUGGAACCCUCUUACCUGUCACCCCCAUUAUCAUUUGACCAGAGAGCUCAGUUUUUUAUGUGCCCCUUCCCCAGAGAAUUGCUGAGUGCAUUGACCAAACCAUGCUGUCUGCAUCUGGUCUCCAGCUGCCCGUCCUGGGGCUGUGCUGCCCCAGCACUGAGGGAAGUGCCCACUCCCUUGCCAGGCCCUUCCUUGCUCCCCAUCUUCCUUUAUCUAGGAGGUGCCAAAGGGGAGGAACCCCUGUUAGGAUCCUGUGCUUGGCUUUCCUGCGCACAGCUCAGGGUAGCUACUGCCUCCAAGUAGCUGAAGAAUUUUGGUGCCAGGCAGCUGUCAAAUCAGUUUAUUGGCUCAACUGUUGUCUGCCUGCCCUUUCCACCCCGUCAGUGUCCUGGGCAGCUUCAUUUGUGGAUGUUCCCUGUAACCAUGAUGCCUUAAAUGUGUAACAUGUAUCCUCUAGGGAGGGGGUCCUGCCCGGUUACACUUUUUAAACGCCACCUGCCCUCCCCAUCUGUUGGCAUGGGCUCAGCUUGGUCAUGCCCCUCAUGUGUUAUUAGGAAAGAUUCACAAUUUCCCACUUCACUGCUGGUCCGUUCCUCACCUGAGACAGGACAUCUCCAGAGGGGAGAGGGUGUGACAUCUGGGUGAUGCCUGGCUGCCCUUCCUGGUGUCCCAAGCACUGGCCUGGCUGGACCCCAGCCUUGCCUGCGCAGAGCCCCGAGCUCUCUGGGUGCCUCUGUGGCACAGAGGGGGCUGAAGGGCAGGGCAGUGCAGGGGUCACCAAUGUUGCCAUCACCUCGCACUUCUCAUUGCAGCCCAGGUAGCUGCAAAGCACUGAAAUUCCAGGACAGCACCUGCCCUCCUGGCUGUUUUGGGCUGAGGAUGGACAAGUCUGUCUCUGCAGCUGCUCCUCAUGCGAUCAACAAAGAGCUUGCGAUGGACAAGUGUUCCGAAGCGGUUAAUGCCUUAUGUAUCUGUUCUGCCUUCAGAA